AUGGGAGGUGUUAGGAAUGGAAGGUGCAGCGUGGGCUCAAUGGGAGGUGUGGCGUGGGCAGAAUGGAAGGUGCAGCGUGGGCGGAAUGGGGGGUGCUACGUGGGCGGACUAAAAGGUGCGACGUUGGCUCAAUGGGAGGUGCCGUGUGGGCAGAAUGGAAGGUGCGGCGUGGGCAGAAUGGGUGGUGCUGAGUGGGCGGCGUGGGCAGAAUGGAUGGUGCUGCGAGGGCGGCGUGGGCAGAAUGGGUGGUGCUGCGUGGGCGGCCUGGGCGGAAAGGGUGUUAGCAAUGGCCUCUCCCAUCCACUACCCUUCACUUGCCCUCUCCCCUCCACUAUCCCUCCCUUGCCCUCUCUCCCCCGCUUCUCUUCCCUCGCCCUCUCCCAUUAUUACCCUUCACUUGCCCUCUCCCCUCCACUUUCCCUCCCUUGCCCUCUCCCCUCCACUUUCCCUCCCUUGCCCUCUCCUCCACGCUACUCUUCCCUCACCCUCUCCCUUUUAUUACCCCAUGCUCCUAAACUUCCCCUUCAGCUUCUGCCUUCUGCUUACCAUUCAUCCCCUUUCUCCCCAUCCCCAUUCACAAUCACAUCUGUGUCCCCUCCCUUCUCUUUCUCCCAUUCUUCCAUCAGCCCCGCUCCUAGCCUCCUCAACCCCCUCAAAACCACCCACCCCUCAGCUUCUGCCUUCUGCCUUGCACUCAUCUCGUUUCUCCACAUCCGCCUUUCCAAUCGCUUUUUUGUCCCCUCCCUUCUCUCUCUCCCUUGUCCCUUCAGCCCUGCUCCUCGCGCUUCCCCUCGUGUGCUGCCUUCUUCCUACCACCCCCCUCCCCUCAUCCUCACCCUCUCCAUUCAUAUCCAUCCCCGCUUUCCUCCUUCCUUCCCCUCCCUCUGCCUCACUCCCCCCCAUAAACCCCACCUCAUCCUCUUCCCCCGUCUCCCCCUUCUCCACUCCUUCCUCCCCCUUAAACCCCAACAAGUCAUCUUCUGCCCCAUUCCGCCAAUUCUCAUACUCAUCCGGGAAAUUCGUCAACGCUCGGGGCCUACCAAGUUUCACCGCCGCCCGAUCGUGCGCUCGGGCAGCGAUUCUGGACAGGUGAGCGUUCCAAGCCACACACGGGAGUUCUUCUUGGGAAAUCGGAUCUCCGCCACCCACUUCCUGCAGUGCCGCUGCCGCACCCCCCGGUACCUGUUCUUGUAUUUUCUUGCUCAUCUGCCGGCCGCCAUAGUGGACAGAAAAGGCGGAACUGUGAUGGCACUUGUGGCUGGAUUAGACGACGCAUCAAGAGGUGCACCUCUGCUUCUCGCUUCACCACCAUCAGGGGGGAUCCGCACUGCUGCAGCAGCAUCUCUGGCUGCUAUUGUAGGCGUUUCUCUAUCUGCUUUACUUUCACAAUAG